AUGUCGUCCUUCUCGCGGGUCCUGCGCCCCGCCGUCCGGGGCUCAAGGGGUCUUGCUCACACAGUCUGUGGUACAUCCAACCGCGUGGCUUCUCGUCCAGCUCCCGCCCUCAGCAUCGUCAACUCAAGAAGCAGCGCGCGCCCCCUCUCCAGCACGUCUGCGCUCCGCUCCGAAACCAUCGACAUCACCGACAUCCCCCCCACGCCCAUCAGCCACCUCUCCGAGGUCGAGGCCGCCAUGGCCGAGUCGGUCGGCAAGUUCGCCAGCGAGGUGAUCCUCCCCAGGGCGCGCGACAUGGACGAGGCCGAGGACAUGGACGCCGGCAUAGUGCGGCAGCUGUUCGAGCAGGGCCUCAUGGGCGUCGAGAUCCCCGAGCAGUACGGCGGCGCCGGCAUGAACUUCACCGCCGCCAUCGUCGGCAUCGAAGAGCUCGCCCGCGCCGACCCCAGCGUCAGCGUCCUCGUCGACGUGCACAACACGCUCUGCAACACGGCCGUCGUCAAGUACGGCUCCGAGGCCCUCAAGAAGAAGUGGCUGCCCAGGCUGGCCACGGACACCGUCGCCUCCUUCUGCCUGUCGGAGCCCGUCUCGGGCUCCGACGCCUUCGCCCUGGCCACCCGCGCCGAGGAGACGGCCGACGGCUUCAGGCUCAACGGCAGCAAGAUGUGGAUCACAAACUCCAAGGAGGCCGGCUUCUUCAUCGUCUUUGCCAACCUCGACCCCGGCAAGGGCUACCGCGGCAUCUCCGCCUUCGUCGUCGAGAAGGGCGCCCCCGGCUUCUCCAUUGCCAAGAAGGAGAAGAAGCUCGGCAUCCGCGCCAGCAGCACCUGCGUCCUCAACUUUGACGACGUCGUCGUCCCCAAGGAGAACCUCCUCGGCCAGCGCGGCCAGGGCUACAAGUACGCCAUCAGCCUCCUCAACGAGGGCCGCAUCGGCAUCGCCGCCCAGAUGACCGGCCUCGCCCUCGGCGCCUUCGAAAACGCCGUCAGGUACGUCUGGAACGACCGCAGGCAGUUCGGCUCCCUGGUCGGCGAGUUCCAGGGCAUGCAGCACCAGAUCGCCCAGUCCUACACCGAAAUCGCCGCCGCCCGCGCCCUCGUCUACAACGCCUCCCGCAAGAAGGAGGCCGGCGAGGACUUUGUCAAGGACGCCGCCAUGGCCAAGCUGUACGCUUCCCAGGUCGCCGGCCGCGUGUCCGGCCUGGCUGUCGAGUGGAUGGGCGGCAUGGGCUUCGUGCGCGAGGGCCUGGCCGAGAAGUUCUGGCGCGACAGCAAGAUCGGUGCCAUCUACGAGGGCACCAGCAACAUCCAGUUGAACACCAUUGCCAAGUUGCUGCAAAAAGAGUACACCAACUAG